AUGACGGAACCAAUGCAGCUGAGCGCGGUCAGCAGGGGAGGUCUCGAGGUUUUCGACGUGGCCGAUGGUCAGCUGCUGGGCAAAGGCUCGUACGGCGCGGUGACGAAGGCGGUGGAGGUUGCGACGGGGCAGACUCGCGCGAUCAAAACAAUUUACAAGCCGAAGAUUGACAACAUCGUGCGGCUGAAGCGUGAGAUUUUGAUCAUGCAGAAAAUGGACCACCCGUGCAUCAUCCGGCUCUACAACGUGUUCGAGGACGAGGUGAACCUGUACUUUGUAAUGGAAUUAUGUUCCGGCGGCGAGCUGUUCGACCGCAUCAUCAAGAUUGGCACGAUGUCAGAGCGCAACACGUACAUCAUCAUGAAGCAGGUCUUCAGCGCGAUCGCGUACUGCCACAAGCUGAACAUAAUGCACCGCGACAUUAAGCCCGAGAACAUUCUGUUCGCGGACGACUCGCCGACUUCCCCCAUCAAGAUGAUCGACUGGGGCUUCGGCAAAAACAACAAAGAAAUUCUCGAGAAAGUGAAGAAAGGCGUUUACUCGAUGAACGGCCGUUCCUGGAAAAAAGUCAGCGCGCCCGCGAAGGACCUCGUGCGCCGACUGCUGACGAUGGAUCCGAGCAAGCGGAUCACUGCCGCUGAGGCGCUGAAGCACCAGUGGAUUUUGUACUACCACUCGCCGGGCUUCUUGACGUGCGACGCGAACGUGACCAGCCGGCUCGGCAGCGAGCUCGUGAACAAGUUCCGCAUUUUCGCGAAGGCGAACCCGAUCAAAAAACUCGCGCUCGUCGCGAUCGCCUACCAGCUCAGCGAGAGCGAGAUCCUCGCGCUGCACAACCUCUACACGCGCAUGGACUCGCGCUCGACGGGCAUGCUCACGCGCGACGAGCUCGAGAAUUCGUUGCGCGAAAUGGGUGUCGAGAUCACGCCGGAGAUCAGCGAGACCAUCGGCGCAGUGGACCUCGACUGCAACAACGUGGUCGACUACACUGAGUUCAUUGCGGCGUGCCUCGACAAGCGCUUUUACGUGCAGCCGAUCGUCUGCCAAAACGCGUUCAAAGUUUUCGACAUCGACAGAGACGGCUUCAUCAGCGAACACGACCUCGACACAGUGCUCUCAAUCAGCUUCAACGGGCUGCCGACCGCAGAGGCGCACAGCUUGCUGCUUGCCGUUGGCUGCGAAGACAAACUCAGCUACGAGGACUUUGUGGAAAUCAUGAAAUUAAAUGAGAGCUAA